AUGGGGGACCCAGGCCCCUCGAACCUCCAGCGCUACAUCCAGCAGGCCUGCAGUCCCGAGAACUUCGAGCCCAAUCUCGCCGUGAAUCUCGAGGUGGCCGACCUGAUCAACUCCAAAAAGGGCAAUGCGCCUCGCGAGGCCGCUGUGGCCAUAGUUAACUACGUUAACCACCGCAACCCGAAUGUCUCGCUGCUAGCCCUCAACCUGCUGGAUAUCUGCGUCAAGAACUGCGGAUACCCGUUCCAUUUGCAGAUCAGCACGAAAGAAUUUCUGAAUGAGCUUGUGAGGAGGUUUCCCGAGAGGCCCCCGAUUCGAGCAACGAGGGUGCAGAUGAAGAUCUUGGAGGCCAUCGAGGAGUGGCGGGGCACGAUAUGCCAGACGUCGCGGUACAAGGAGGACUUGGGAUUCAUCCGGGAUAUGCAUAGGCUGCUUAGUUAUAAGGGAUACGUGUUUCCAGAGGUCAGGAGAGACGAUGCUGCGGUCUUGAACCCGAGUGAUAACCUCCGAUCUGCAGAAGAAAUGGAGGAGGAGGAAAAAGAUGCCCAGUCUGCGAAAUUGCAGGAGCUGAUCCGUCGAGGCGGACCAGAGGAUUUGCAGGAAGCCAACCGGUUAAUGAAAAUUAUGGCGGGCUACGACACUCGACAGAAGACCGACUACCGCGCAAAGGCAGCAGAGGAAGUCGGCAAAGUGCAGCAGAAAGCUCGACUUUUGGAAGAGCGUCUCGAGGGAUUCCAAGCGGGCGAUGUCAUGACUGAAGGGGAUGUCUUUGAGGAGUUGGCUUCUGCACUUCAGAGCGCACACCCAAAGAUCCAAAGAAUGUGCGAGGAGGAGUCUGAUGACCACGAGGCGGUAGCGAAGUUGUUGGAAAUCAACGAUAGCAUACACCGAACGGUUGAGCGGUACAAGCUCAUGAAGAAAGGUGAUGUGGAGGGCGCAGCCAAGAUCGCAAAGGGGACAUUGGGCACCAGCACUGGAGUUAGCAAGAACGCUGACAACGAGCUGUCCUUGAUCGAUUUUGAUGGUGAUCUAGAGACCAAUGAAAGUAGCUCGGCAUCUGCGCCGGUACCUUCCCAACCCGGUGGGCUCGAGGAUGAUUUGCUGGGGCUGUCGAUGGGCGAAAGUAGUUUUGGACAAGGUGGUGGAAUUUCCCUUGGAUUUGGAAGCAACACCGGUAGGUCAAUGCUUCGAAGCGAUGUUGGCCAAUCACUGAUUCUUGUAGGCAUGCCAGGCCCAGCAUUAAUGUCUUCAACCUCGGAACACAGCACAGCAAGAGGGCCAACACCUACACGGUCACCAGCCCCCCCUCAAGCACAAGUUAAGCCAGACUACUCUGCGUUCUCUGCAUUCGGCUCCGCUCAAGCCUCUUCAAAACCGACAACACCACAGCCAUCACUUUUUCAACAACAGCAAGCUCUACAGCAGCAGCAAGCGCUACAGCAGCAGCAAGCUCUACAACAGCAGCACGCUAUGCAGCAAAUUCAGAUAUCUCAGCCACAGCCCCCGACCGAUCCUUUUGCCGCCCUCGCUUCUCCACGCCAAGAAAUUCCCCAACAAGCCAGUCCGUCAAUGUUUGAUUUCGGAAGCCAACAAACAGCUCCCCCGGCCGCAGCCCCGGCUGCUGCUGAUGACGAUGAGUGGGCUUUCUCGUCUGCACUUCCCGAAGGUCCUCCAUCUUCAAACACAAUCCAAGUCAGCAAUACAGGUCUCGGCAUCUCUCUGUUCGCCACUCGAGAACCACAGACACCAUCCGUCAUUACAAUGUCCGUUACAUUCUCCAGUAACUCCGACCAUCCAAUCUCUGAACUGGAGUUCAAGGCUGCAGUCACGAAGGGGUACUCGCUUAAGCUUCAACCACAGACCGGACGACACCUACACCCUCGGGAGCAAUCUGGCGUGAAGCAAGUCAUUUUCCUGAAUGGCGUUGAGCAGGGAAAGGGCGAUUCGGUAAAGCUGAGGUGGAAGGCUUCGUAUAAUGUUGGUCCGCAGCCAGUGAAUGAACAGGGCGAGAUCUCGUCACUAGGGAUCGCGUGA